GUAACUGAUAACUGACAAUUGACUUAUGACAGACACGGCUAGCAUCAUAAAAUUUUACCAUCCGUCUUUUAGCAAAAAUCAGGGUGCGAAAAGAAUUUUGAGAUAUGGCUGGGAAUACUGCUGAAGAAGUUGAGGGUUCGGCAGGUCCCGAGACUAAAACUACUAACAAUGCGGAGAUACCACCCGAGUUUUUGAUCAAGCACCCUCUGCAGAAUGCGUGGAGCUUAUGGUUUUACGACAAUGAUAGAACAAAAACAUGGGAAGAGAAUCAGAUUGAAUUAACAACCUUUGACACAGUUGAAGAUUUUUGGAGGCUUUUCCACCAUAUUAAAGCCCCAUCUGAGUUGCGCCAAGGCCAUGACUAUGCCGUAUUCAAAAAAGGAAUUCGACCCAUGUGGGAAGAUGAUGCUAACAAAAUGGGUGGGAGAUGGCUGAUUAGUCUUGAAAAGAGCAAACGUAAUUCUGACCUUGAUCGAUUCUGGUUAGAUUGUGUACUUCUAUUAAUUGGAGAAAACUUUGAACAUCCUGAAGAAAUCUGUGGGGCUGUUGUUAAUGUUAGACCAAAAUUAGAUAAAAUUGCUGUGUGGACUGCAGACACAUCCAAGCAGCAGGCUGUCUUGGACAUUGGUAGGAAAUUAAAAGACCAGCUCGGGAUUCAUGGAAAGAUUGGCUUCCAAGUUCAUCGUGAUACCAUGGUCAAGCACUCAUCUUCCACCAAGAACCUCUACACUGUCUAGCAUCCACCAUACAAUCAAUUCCAUCCAGUCUCGCAAACCAUACAAAAUUGUUAUGUGGUUUAUGUCCAACGGAAUGGAAUUGUUAUUCCAAUGUUGUGUUGGAAAUAAUUUAACUUGUGAAAUGUCAAUGUGAUAGCACACAGUAUAUAGAAAUUCAACUAUAUUUUGUUGUCUCCAUAAUCUGUGCAACCAAAUUGUGAUAAGGAACCAUAAAUGUAACUAGGAUUAAAUUAUAAACAAUGAUAUUAUAUUAUGAAAACACAAUGUUUUAUAUUGUCUGUCUCCUUUAUUGAAAGAGUUCUUGGAUAACAUUAUAAUAUCAUUGGUUUUAAGUUAAUUUAUGACAGACUGCACUUCAUACAAUUAGAAGACCGACUUUCUUAAGUUUUAACAGUACAAUUCUUAACCGAGUAAAAUAUGAUGGCAACUGUCAACUGUCAUUAACCAACGAAGUAGGUUAUCAAUCGAAUGUGUUGUUUUUUUUUUCAAGUGAUUUUAACUUUCUACAGUAUGGGGAGAUUGUUGUCUGUUUCGUCUGUAGCUGACAUCUCUAUUGUAGUUGUUGGAAAAAUUGUGGUAUAACAAAGUGUGAAGUCUGUUAUUUGUCUUAAAAAAAUAUUAAAUUUACUGACAAUAUUAGGUUGACGUUUCAUGAAUUCUCACUAAGCGAGUUUGACUAAUGAGUGGAAGUACUAAACUGUAUGUUUGUUGGAUGGUACUAUGAUAAAUAAUUUAAAAGGUUUAGAUUAAUAUUAAAUACUUUAUUUGAAAGAAAUAUGCUCGACAAGCAAUAUUGGCUUAUGAAAUAUUAAGAAAAUAGUUAACAGUGUACAUUGGUAGUCAACCUGUGACAUGACUUAGAGCUAGUUUAAUUUCAAUUUUUAAUAAGUUCGUCAAAUACAAGUUUUGUUAUUUAACAGCUAACCAGUGUGGAUUAAUUUUAAAAUAUAUAUAUAGGUUUCUAUUUACUCAUUAAGGGCUAAGGCCAAAUAAGUAUGUCUUGGUUGUAAUUUUUAAUACUGUACUCUAGCUUUGUAGCACCUCUGUUAAUUCUUGGUACUAAAAUGUCUUAUGCAUUGCUUAAAUUGUCCUCGGUGUUCAAUAGACUAUAUUUUGGUAUUUCAUAUAAAAAUACUAAAGCA